GGAGGGCCAGGCUCUACUGGCAGGGUGGGGAGGCAGUGGCUGAAGAAGGGCAGAAGCCUCCCUUUCCCCUGCCCAGGAGAGACAGCCAGCCCUCUCUCACUGUCAUGCAAAGGAGACUCGGUGGGUGAGACCUCCACGGACGUCCCCUUGGUGUGGGAUGGGGCACCCAGAGUCAGCAGUGCAGAGAUGGCCUCUGGGGGUGUUAGGCAGGAGAGCUAGACCCAUCCCACAUGGGGCAGAGGGGACCCUGUGGGUAAGAGGUGCAGCAACAGCCCCCUCUCGCUCUGGGGCAAGAGGGACAUCAGAGCCAGCAGCACAGAGACAGUCUCCUGGCAUGUCCCAAUGAGGAUUCUGGGAAGGAGGAUGAAAGACAUGUUCCCUUCAAGGCUCAUGCUCUCUGACGAGGAGAUGCCUGGCAGCUGGAACACCUCCUCCUCUGACAGCCUGGAGGUGCGUGCUGCAGGCAUCAUCGUGCCUGUGGUCUUUUCCCUCAUCUUCAUCCUGGGCACCGUGGGGAAUGGGCUAGUGCUAGCUGUACUGCUGCGCAAUGGCCAGGUGAAGUACAACACCACCAAUCUCUUCAUCCUCAACUUGGCCAUGGCAGACCUGUGUUUCAUCAUCUGCUGCGUCCCCUUCCAAGCCACCAUCUACACACUGGACGGGUGGCUCUUUGGCCCUUUUGCCUGCAAAGCUGUGCACUUCCUCAUCUACUUCACCAUGUAUGCUAGCAGCUUCACCUUAGCUGCUGUCUCUGUCGACAGGUACUUAGCCAUCCGCUACCCACUGAAAUCCCGGGACCUCCGCACCUCCAGGAAUGCAGGAGUUGCCAUUGUGGUGAUCUGGACCCUAUCGGUAUUUUUUGCGGGGCCCUACCUCAGCUACUACCAGAUAGUCCAUUACCAGGGCCUGCCUCUCUGUGUCCCCAUCUGGGAGGACCAGCGCCGUAAGAUCUUGGACAUCCUCACCUUUGUGUUUGGGUACCUCCUGCCUGUGGUGGUUGUGAGCCUGGCCUAUGCCAGGACUAUCAAGUUCCUGUGGACCUCUGUAGAUCCCAUUGAGAGGAUCUCAGAGUCUCGUAAAGCCAAGCGCAAAGUCACAAAGAUGAUUGUGGCAGUGGCCAUCCUCUUCUGCCUCUGCUGGAUGCCUCACCAUCUAGUCAUCCUGUGCUUUUGGUUUGGCCACUUCCCCUUCAACCGAGCUACCUAUGCCUGCCGCCUGGCCUCCCACUGCCUGUCAUAUGCCAACUCCUGCCUCAACCCCAUCGUCUAUGCCCUCAUCUCCAAGCAUUUCCGAAAGAGGUUCAAGCAAGUCUUCACCUGCCUUCUCUUUCAGAAGAAGAACAGGAAGAAGAAGAGAGCCAGCAACAAAGUCCAUGUGGCCAGUGUGGCCAGUGGUUUACCCAACCACGUUGCAGGUUUCUCUGGAAGGAACACAGAGGUCACCCAGAUCCAGGAGGAGAAUGCUAGAUACUGCCAAGGCCUGCUGCAGAGAGAUGCUGAAGGCACCCAACUCCCUGAGGCCUGGACGCAUCAUUUACCAAACACUGUGCAGAGAAGACUGCUGGAUGAAAAAAGCUCUACAACAACUAGCAACCCGUUGCCCACAACUCCGCCAGAGGGAACUCAGGAUCUUCUGACUGUCCACUGCAGAUGAUAUGAAUGAAAGAGAGAAGCUCUUUGUCCAGUGAAUGAACCCCCACUUUGGUCUUGAAAAGAUGAGAUGACAUAUGUCAGUGGGAACUGAACUCCUAUCUGUGAUCCUGAAUACAACCAAACUGCCAAGAGUGUCUGUCAAUCUUACCAAGGUCUGUUGUGGCUCCCUUAUGAAUGUUGCACUCCCAUCUGUCUACCCACACCAUUUCUGUGGGAGAAGUGGAAUCUGCCAAUGAAAACUCAAAGCAUCAGUGCCUACAGAUAGAAUAAUAAAGGAUAUGAUAGAACAAGGCCCACCUGGAUGACUGGUGCUACCCAUGGAUACUGCAUUGACCAUAUGAGGCAGGGAGAACAGAAAGCAAGAAGUUUGCCACCAUGUAAGACACUCUAGUAUAUAUUUGAGAUAUGAUAUAUGAUAUGAUAUAGUGCAAAUCCCUGCAUGCAUACUGGACCUCAAUGGAUCUGAGUUUCCCAGCUCAGAUUAACUGGAUCCUCAACAACCCCUCUAUAAUCCUCAUGUGCAUGUUUUCAGUACUCACAGGUACCUAGGUGUUAUUCUUGCUGUACACAUUUAGGUCUACAUUUUCAAACUUGCCCACUCAUGUCGAGUGUGACCCUGGUGCCUUAGGAAUCCCCAAACUGAGGUGAUCAAAAUUAGCACAUGCUGCUAGAAAAUAUAGCCUCUUGUGCAUACAUCAGAGCACUAGUGUGAGUGCUCUGACGAGGAGCACUGGUUGUAUGUGCAAAGAAGGUUAGUGCUUUUGUUUGGGAUAGGGAGGGGGAUGGGAUACGUGUGUGUGUGUGUGUGUGUGUGUGUGUGUGUGUGUGUGUGUGUGUGUGCAUGAGAGAGAGAGAGACACAGAGGGCAUGCCUACACAAGACACUUUACUGCGCAGUAGAUUAUUCUACUGUGCAGUAAAGCAUCACUGUCUACAUGUAGUUUAGUAGUAAACUAACUGUGCAGUAGAUACCAACUAGUAAACUAACUGCACAGUAGCACAUGUGAAGAUGCUGAUCUUGUUUAAGAUUGACAAAUUUGCUCCUGGUCAGCCCCAACACCAGGGGGCUACAGGGAACGGGUAAUUCCCCCAGUCCUGGCGUUGCUCAUCUCCCAGCUCCCUCCAGGAGCCAAGAAGCACCAGGACUGGGUAGCUCUCUGCCUCACCCCUGCCCCAGUGCUACCCAGCUCCCCACAGGAGCUGGAGCCAAGCACCACCAGGAAUGAGGAGCUCUCUGCUUCCCUGCCCAGCUGGGGGCUAGCCAGGAGCUGUCCCACUUCUGGGGCAGCUCCCAACCAGCCCCAGCUAGGCAGGGAAAUCCUUGAGCAGCUAGGGGCUAGCUGGGAGCUGCCCCAGAAGCAGGACAGCUCCUGGCCAGCCCCUGGCUGUGGGAGGAAGCCCCAGUGGGCAGAAGGCUUGUCCCCAUGUGCAUGGAGCCGGGAGAGCUCUGCAGUGGCAGCUGUUCCCUGGCCCCCUGAACAUCAGGACCCUUCCAGAGGUGCACAGGGCCAGGAGACAGCUACUGCUGCAGCCAGCAGAACUCUUCUCACCCUGUGUGCAUUGCACUUCCCUGCCUUCUAGCCCCCAGGCUAGCAUCCCGGGGGAGCCUGGAGCUCCCUCUGGCUUAUGGGGGGGGGGGGAGGGGGGAGCAGGGUAGGAGCCAUCCUGUACCAGGCUGCUCCUGUUGUGAGCACAUUUGCUCCCAAAAGGGAGCACAAGUAGAUGUGCUCCCAAGGAAGGCUUACUGCGCAAUAUUUUACUGUGCAGUAAGCCUUUAUAGCAUUAACAUCAUGUGUAGACACACCUAGAGAGACAGAGAGAGAAAAUAAAGCAAUUCAAAGCUUCCUUCACUGGCAGAACUGAAGCAGUGUGUCUCUACUAUCCCUGCCAGGAAUUCUGGUUUCUGUCUGGGGGUCUGUCUUUCCCAGUGUUUCAAAGGAAGUUUAGCUCAUGCUCUGAAGUUAAAUCUUCCUUCCACAGAUUCUCUGCUCUUUACCAGACAGAGCCUUGUUUGCCUCUUCACUCCAAAACCCCAACUGCAAGGAAACGCACAACUCACACCAAGAGCUGUUUAGAUUAAUUUUAUCACAGACCCUGUUAUUAAAAUGAUUUCUUAGACAGCACAUCAAAAAUGCAAAGCUUGAUUUUAUUACAUUUCCGUCUCUCCUCCCCCCUGCUUGUGGAUAGAAUAAUGGGAACUUGAAAUGGAAAAAUCUAUUAAGAUCAUCAAGUCUCUUCCCUCCACCCUGGUCACCCAGAGGGCACAUUCUAGUGCUUUAUACAGCUCAGCAGUAAAUGUCCCAAACCAUGGAGCUUCCAGCUGCCCCACCUUUUUCCACCCUAAAUAAUCCCUCUCCCUGCUUGUUUGCACUAUUAAAAUGUCUCUGGAACCACUGUAUUUCUAUUCCUUCAAUCAACAUUUAACCAAGCUCAGUGUCAUUUAUCUCCUCUCGUAAAUCACUCCCUCUGGCCCUUCUCUGAACUGUGUCCAGUAGUAUCUCCUUGGCUCAGCAGUUCCUAGUACUCAGUGCCAGCAUGGCUGGGUCAGUGUUGGUGGUGUCCCAUGAGAGAAGGUUGAUCACUCCCCGCCCAAUGAAGUAACGGCUCCACAAAGAACUAGAAGAAUCUUUGUGGGGAGGCUCCAUCUCUUUUCCGCCCCUGUCAAGGCAGAGGCCGAAGGGGUUCCUGACUGCUUCUGUCCCACAGGUGAAGCAUCUUCUAGCGAUGAUAUUGGCUAGUUUUAGUGCUGUCCAGGUGACCUUCUCCAAGCCACCCUGCCUUUGUGUGCUGCCUAAUGGCCUUGUCAGAGGCUUCCCUGGUCUGACUACAGUCCUGAUCCAAGUUGUGGAUGACACUAAAAUAGAAGGGAUGGCAGACCGGCCAGCAGAACCCAGCAGCCAGUGAGAGAGAGAGGCAAGUCUAUAAGAAUCAAGGCACAAGUUGGUCCUGACAUGCACCCCAAGGAAAAGGCAAAUCCAACCAUGCAGAUGAGCCUGCCAUAUCCAAGUGUGGUUACUUUAAUCUUGUUUCCUCAAUGCUGUCAUCAGACUUCUUUUGCAUGAUGGGGUUUGCAAGUGCCUGGAAGGAGAGCAUUGGAAUGGGGUUGGUGGGUGGGAUGGAACCAUUGGGAAAACCAGGCUCAAAACAUGAUACUCCUAGUUUGAUAAUCUCUGCCCCAGUAUCUCUGUACCCUCAGCCUAAGGUCCCUCUCCUCCACAGAAUCACCAUUGUUCUGGCUGCUGCUCCCUCCCCCAUGCAGUCAAAGUGGCACAAUCUCAUCAUCAUGACAGCUAUACACUUAUGCUCCCGACUCCACUCCCAGUUAAAAGGCAGUUUCUGUCCCAGCUGACAUGUGAGGGGCUGGGCAUCCCACAGUGCUGUGCCUGUGGAGGGUCAGAUGUGAUCUCCAGGGCUUGGGGCACAAGGCUAUGGCUCAGGAAGUGAGGCUGGGAUUUCUCCCUUGUGCAAUAUGAAUAAAUGCUGCUGGGUUUCUCUGCCUGGUUUGUGCUUUUGCCUGUGUGCUGUGUUCCAGGCAUACUCACUGCACACAGCAGGGAUCUCCCUGGUGGGCUUGCAGGCAACCAAGGAGUGUAUAUGAAGAAACAGACCCCACAUGUGCCACAGAACUAUGGGGAGAGGGCAGGUGCGAGUAUUUCAGGAGAAAGCCAGAGCAUUACUGCAAUUCAAUAGGGAGGCAGGAGGAAGAAAGAUGCAAGAUGCAAAAAGAGGAGGAGGAGAAUGGAUAGAGGGGAAGGAGAGAGGGAGAAAUAAAUCAUUGAUGUAGUUUGUGGACAAAGCAACAAAGAGAAUAGAGGAUGGGGGAGUCUAGCUCAGAGAGCCAGGAACAGUGGAGAGGGGCGAGAGGGUGAACUGAGAGGGCAGAGAGGGCAACUGGGAGGAGGAGAAGGGCAGAGAGAUUGGAGGGGCCCUGCUGAGGCUGGUAUUUCUAAUUGCUAAGUCCCCAGGGCCACCUUGCCCCAUGCCAGCUUUCUUUGAUGUUCCAGGCUCUGGGCCAGCCUAAUUGGCAUUCUAGAUCAGCAGAGAGCUCUGAAGCCAGAAACUUUCCAAAGGCGGUGUCUUUGAUCAAGGGGUUGGAGAUGAGAUCAGUCAGCCUGCUCCUCUAGCAGCAGGGGGGGUCUCUUCCUGCAGAGAAAACUUCAUGGUGGGAGGGCGGACAGCAGCAGAAGGGAACACACACUUUCUCACAUAGCUGCAGCGCCUGCUGGCCAAGGAUCCCAGCACUCUCUGCCGGCUUUGCACAACCAAAAUGUUCAGGAAACACUUUGCAGAGUCUCAAAAUGCAGCCAUUUCUGUCAUAGGCAAUGCAUGGGGGGUCACCGGGGGGCAUGUGCCCCCCCCCCAAGAUUGGCCGCUGCCAAAGUCACCACUGGCUUCUGCAGAUGGUCACCACUUGCAUCCACCACCCCCUCAUCACUGAUGAGGCCGGUAGCAUAUCUGGCAGUCCGCACUUGCCACUCACCACCGCUGACACCGUGGGCAGGAGGCGGCUGCAGGCAGUCCCCAAUCACCACCAUGGUGCCCCCCACAGUUACAGGAGGCACCAGUCAUUCAUGAUUUCUGGGGAAAAGAGCAUUUGCAAGCACACAAGAACACUAUGCACUCAGCCAGGAAAUGAGGAACACCAGACCCAAGAGGAAAUGACAUCAGGAUCUGGGGGAAUGUCUGUUCACCAGAGCACCCCAAGGGAAGACAAGGUCCAACAGUUACAAACUCCUGCAAGAUCGUUUUAGGCUGGACAUAAGGAAAAACUGCUUUACUGUCUGAAUCCCCAAGGCCUGGAAUAGACUCCUCACAGAGGUGGUGCAAGCACCUACUUUGGACACUUUUAAGAAACAUUUGGACGUUUAUCUUGCUGGGAUUCUUUGACCCCAGCUGACUUCCUGUCCUUUGGGCAGGGCCUGGACCUGAUGAUCUUACGAGGUCCCUUCCAGCCCUAAUGUCUAUGAAAGCUAUUAAAUGUAUAAGCUUUUAGGAGCCUAAGCUCACUUCUUCAUCUGAUAAAGUCAGGAAGAGUCUCAGCUACUCUGACACCUCAGCUAUGCUGACAGCUAGUGAGCUCCCCUAUGUACAGAAAGGAUGUGGACAAAUUGGAGAGAGUUCAGUGGAGGGCAAUGAAAAUGGUUAGGCAGCUGAGGCAUGUGACUUGUGAGGAGAGGCUGAGGAAACUGGGUUUAUUUAGUCUGGAGAAGAGAAGACUGAGGCGGGAUUUAAUAGCAGCCUUCAACUACUCUGAUAAAGGGAAUGGACUCCAUUCUACCCCACCCCUACCAGAACUAGCAUCUAAACACCCCCUCUCUGGAAUUUGACUUCAUCUUGGCAACUCAAAGCCAGCACAAGCCCAAACAGAGCAGCAGCUGGUGAGCCAUGCCCCCCUCACUUAUAUCCUGGAUGGCUUGAACAGCUGCAUCUGCCCCAGCCAUCACUAGAGUUUCAGCAGGACCCUAAGGCCCACUGCCUGGGCCAGCUGAGGAGUUAUGGCCCUGCUAUGACACCCAGACUUCACCCCAGGCCCAUUUAUUUCCUUUAUGGACCGAGAUGACCAAUUCCCUCUUCCCUCUCUUCACAGAAAGCCUUCUGCCCUGCCCCUUCCAACUUCCUCCUGGCAUCUUCCAACUUCCUCCUGGGGGUUGGACUCGAUGAUCUAUUGAGGUCCCUUCCGACCCUAACAUCUAUAUGAAUCUAUAUAUCUAUAUGAAUCUUCUUUGUCCCUCUCUUUCCACUUCCUCUUUUUCCUGGUUCACUCUGACACAUGAUAACGUAAGCUGGAAUUAUCCCUGAGCCAUUUGUUUUGACAGUUUUUCUCUUUUUGACAGCCCUGGGAUCUCUCGUCCUCCUGAUCACUCCCCAGAACUGACAAGACCAGCAACAUUUAUCACUUGCAAAGUACUUCUUUUCCAAAGGGCUUAAAAGACCUGUGGAAAAUGGGGAGGUAUCAGCAACCCUGUUUUCUGGAUGGGGAAAACAGAGGCAUAAAAAAGGUCCAGCUGAGUGACUCCAUGCAGAGCUUGGAGCACAGGCUGUAUUUUCUAGGUCUCAGCCUGAGGUCUGUUUUGCCUAGUCUGUUGUACCCCUCCCAAUACAAGAGACUGAUGCUUCUCUCCACCAAGGAGAACACAGCUGUCCCUUAGAUCUGGGUGAGACAGUGAGCCCUGGAGAAUUCAACUCGUGUUCCAUAAUCUAAAUGCUCAUUGCAAACAAAUGCAAUCUCUAGUUUUUAGGAAGGAAAGAAUACCUUUGAAAUGCAGACAAACUGCAAAAUAGCACAAUCAUUGCUGCAGUCAGCUCCCAAAAUCUCCCUAAAGGUGCCGUGUAUUGCCUUACUCAUUGCUAAUGGGGUGUUAACUCUGAAUGCUAAGGAUGACCACAGCAAGGUUUACAUUCACUAAUUCCCUGCUGAUCAGCUAGACAUCCUUGUACCUCUCACAACACUGGACCACUUCCUGUGACUACCAGGAACCAGAAGUCCUAAUUGCUCUCUAUGUCAUUUCCAAAGCCCCUAUUUCCUGCCUGACAAUCCCUCAUCUGUUCACACAUCCAGGCAGAGUUUCACUUGGCAGUGUUCACUUGCUCCUUGGAUUUAUUUGAGAGCCAGUGGGCACUGGACGGUGUGCUCUGCUCAGUGUCCCUCUUACAGCACUCGUCAUUAACUUCUGACCCUCACUCCUGUCCCUGUUGUUUGCAUUAGUUGUCCCAAGACCUCUGUGGCUGCACACAACCACCCUGUGGUUAGCCCCCUCUUUAAUAAAAGAGGGGGCUAACAGUUCCUUUGUGGGCCCCUGCCCAUGUCUCUAUAUGCAUCAAAUAGGCCUGCCUGACAACUGGACUUCAUUGAUGCACUGUCAAUAUCAAAAACUUUGGCAUGCUUAAGACCAAACAUUUGAGGACAUGGUAAGCUAAUGAAGUUUAAUAUCAAAGUAAGUACUAGGAGAAUAUAGUGCUGAGUGCAAUAAUCAUGUCCAUAUUAAAAAUAAUUCAAGCAUGUGUCUGGAAUUGAAGCAGAACCUCCAAUUUGCUGCAGCUGAACUGCUGCAGAAUCCAGGGGCUUGGCUACAGCCUUUAGGACACACUUAUUAUGGACCACAUAGGCCCUGGGAUUUGUGAGAGUCAGGGUGUAGCAGAAAGCCCCCUUUUCCUCUUGCCUGCAUUUGCUCUCCCCUCUUUGGAUAUGUUUCUCUUUUUCUACCUUUUCUUCCUUCCUCUCUCUUUCACUUUAAGAUAAGGAAUUGUGUUUUAAAAUUUGUAUGUGUGCAUUUUGUAUCUCCCCUUGUAGUUUGGUAUUUUUAUCUAUUUGUGUGCCAUGGCAUUUGUAGCUUAUAUUUUAUACUCCUCACCUUUCAACUUUCAACUAAAUGUGUUUUAGUAAGUUAUACAUUGUAACAAUGUUAACAAGGGCAGGAAUCAAACUGUCCUUCUCUGUAUCAGGCUGGCCCCUGAAAGAGUGAGUGAAUCAGUGAUUGAAUGUGUAACAAGGUAGCACACAGCAAUUAACACCUGGGAAGCUGCAGAUCAACCAAGGGAAGAACUCAAUAGAAGACAAUGUAACAACCGGAAAUCUCUAAACGUCACUAAUCAAGGGCUAGAAGCCCUGGCCUGAGUUAAUCAACGCCAGAGACCAACUUUUGGGCUGAAUAUCUCCAGAUCAACUGCUCCCAGAGCCCUAUUCAAAAUUCAUCAACGGACUCCCAAACCUGCACGUACAUGCGGACGACCCCUGGGUCUGACAGAUGCCAUCCAGUAGCCACCGAGGGGGGGGAAGUCCCACGAGGGUCAAUGACCCCUGGAUUGGGCAAACCUGAAAACUGGGGAGUUACCAAAGUCUGCCAGGGACAGAUAAAAGGCAGUGAAAAGUGACCCUCAGCGGUGCCCUCUUGAUCUCCAACUCGACCAGACCUGUCCAGCCAGAAGGACCAGCCGGCGACCCCCUUCUGGAAGAUAACACCACACUGAAAGAAGCCUCAACGACAGACUCCAGCGCUUGUAGGAUAGGUAUACCUGACUCUGUAGUCUGCUACUGUGUGUGUGUAUGUGUGUGCAUGUGUGUGUAUGUGGGGACCAGCCCCAAGGUUUAUGAUUACAGUGUUUCAAUCUGCCUAAUAAACUAGAAUUUUAAGGA